GUCUCCUGUUUCCUGCCUGUAGUUGGGUCCUGUACAGCAGCCCGUGCGAGGCUGUCCUGGAGACCCCGCGCUGCCUGCACCGCUAUCGUCUCGGUUGUCAUGGAUGAUGAAGACGGCAGGUGCCUUCUAGAUGUAAUUUGUGACCCAGAAGCUCUCAAUGACUUUCUUCAUGGAUCUGAGACCCAUUUGGACACUGACGACCUAUUGGAUGGUUCGAGUGACCCCUCCAGCUCGUUCUUCUCUACCACUGGGGGCCAUGUUCCAGAGGUCCAGCCUGCAGUCCAGCUGUCGGCCAAUGAGCCGGCCGGCCUACCCAGAGUCAGUGUUGACCUGGACUUCCUGGAGGAUGAUGACAUCCUGGGAGGAUCCCCAGGUGGUGAAAGUGGGAGCAAUGGCAUUGGGACAAAUCACGAGCCAUGCGACAUCCUGCAGCAGAGCUUGGCUGAAGCAAACAUCACAGAGCAAAGCUUACAGGAGGCAGAGGCUGAGCUGGACCUGGGCUCCUUUGGAAUUCCAGGCCUUACGCAGGUGGUACAGACACUGCCUGAUGCCAGCCUCUCUGGGGCUGGAGGCACUGCUGUUGGUGUAGGCAUGGGUGUUGGGGGAGCAGCAGCAGCAAUUUUCCCUGGGUCAGGCCCGAGCACCACUGCUACUCCUCCCAAUGCUGCAGCUGACAUGCUGGGGUCAGUGCUUGCUCAGCAGGGCCUUCAACUCCAAUCCCAGGUCAUGAACAAGGCCAUUAGUGUUCAGCCGUUUAUGCAGCCCGUCGGCCUGGGAAAUGUGACACUUCAGCCCAUUUCAAGUCUCCAAGCUCUUCCUAAUGGGAGUCAGUCUGGACAUUUGGGUAUCGGACAGAUUCAGGUUGUGGGUCAACCUACAGUCAUGACUAUCAAUCAGUCUGGGCAGCCAAUCCUAGCUAAGGCCAUGGGUGGAUACCAGCUGCAUCAGUCUGGGCAAGAUGUAUCAGGUGCUGGUUCUCAGGCAGGGCUUGGAGGCUCAGGGGGUGGACUUCUGAUCCAAGGUAACAAAGCCACUUUGGGAUCUCCAGCUUUAAACGGACCGGCUGUUUGUGUCAGCAGCACAAACAGCAGCGGCACAAUGACCCCUGCUGGGCUCGUGGGCUUUGGCAGCACCACUCUAAGUUCAGGAAUUGGACACCAGACGCAAAACCAAGGCCAAAUCAUGCAGAACGUGAUCAUCCAGCGCACACCAACACCCAUUCAGCCUAAACCCCCUCAGGGGGGAGCCAUCCAACCGAAACUUUUCAAACAGCAACAACAGCAGCAGCAGCAGCAGUCACAGCCAGGACCCCAAACGCUGCAGAACGAUGCCCACAAGGCUCUAGGGCUGCAGCAAAUUCCAGUUUCUGCUGCUCAGAAUGUAACCUUCCUGACAGGAAAGCCUGGUUCUAACGUUGUCCUGAGUACUCAGGCCUCAACACAAGGCCCUCAGUUUCAACAAACCCUAUUCAAGCAACAAGCACCACAACCAUCGGGCAAGCCUCUUAGUGUACACUUGUUAAACCAACAGGGCAUCGUUAUUCCCUCUCAGACAGUUCUGCAAGGUCAGAACCACCAGUUUCUCCUACCACAACUACAAGCAGGUGGGCAGAUCCUGACCCAGCACCCUGGGGGGCACAUUAUAACAAGUCAGGGUCCUGGUGGACAGCUCAUUGCAAACCAGAUUUUAACUUCAAACCAGAACAUCAACCUGGGCCAGGUGUUGGCUUCACAGGGCCACCCCGGGGCAGCCCACAUCCUCUCUGGAUCUAUCCAGCUCCAGCCUGGCCAGAUGGGCACGCCCACGCUCUUUCAAAUGCCCGUCUCGUUGGCCCAGAGUCAAAGCCAGACACAGACCCACACUGUCUCAGGUCAUGCCCAGACAGUCAUACAGGGCAUGCCCAUCCAGAACUCCCUGACCAUGCUCAGUCAGGUGGAGGGGCUGAGCCCCGCAGUCAGCCUUCAGCCAGCCCUGCAGCCUCAGCCAGGCGGAGUCCCCAGCAGCACAGGUGCAGCGACCAUGGCUCAGGGCCAGCCCGGAGAGUGUGUUACUGUUCUGGGUAGCUCCACGGACCAGGCUGCUCAUCCCACUCAGCAGCAUGCACCACAGUCCUCUAUCCUCGCCAUGCAAACGGCAUCCUGUGUGUCCACGGCUACUACAGUAACCUCCUCUUCUCAGUCCAUGUCUGUGCCCACCUCGUCCUCUGUCACAGCAGUGGGGCUGGUCCCCCAUCAGGCUCAACAUAGUCCAGGGAGGUUACUGUUCACCAACCAGGGCUCCAGUAUGAUCCUGAGCCAAGAGUCUCUGCAGAUGUUCCUGCAACAGGAGCAGCACCACCAAACAGAGAAUGAGUCCACCCCCUCUGCUGGCGUUCCAGCGUCUGUAAUCGUCAGCAGCAACAGCGUCACUGCUCCGGCCCCCUCUGUCCAUGACAGCCAAUUAACUGACUCUUGGGUGGGUCUGAGCCACAGCCCUUCCCCUGGCCCCUCCCACAUGGCAGCAGUGGUAAAGCAGGUGCCCUCCAGUGGACAUCAGCAGUCCCUAAUCCAGGGCAUGUCCCCCUCCCCGGCCUUGUCCACUCACUCCUCGGCGCCCCCAGUGGCGGUCAGCCCGCAGCCUUCCCACUCUCCUCUCACUCUGAGCCAGCACAUCCAGUCACCGCACCAUCAGCAGCAGUCGCGUCCUCCCUCCCAGCCGCAGCCACAGUCCCAAACGCCCUCCCGCUCAUGCACCCCCUCCUCUCACCCCCAGCUCUUUAUUGUCCACAACCAGAUGGCGGAAUCCCCCCAGCCGGCUCCGCAGGGCCAGCAGCAGCACACACAGCCCCAGCACGCACACAUUCAGGUUCAGCUGCAGCUGCAGCCUCAGCCGCGGCCGGCCUCUCAGCCCGCCCCUUAUCAACAAGAUAUGCCUCCGCUGUCCCAGUCGCCCAAGCCCCCCCCUCCUCCUGCGCCGCCCGCACCACACCAGUUCACCGCUCCUCCUGUCAGCACUUCUGCCGCUGCUGUGGUCAAAGCCCAGGUUCCAAUCCCGGGCCUGACAGCAGAGCACCAGCACCACCUGCAACUAGUCGCUGCACAGAUUCAGACGCUGUCGGCCAUCAGCCAGCCCUCGCCUCAGCAGAAACAGCUGCUGGACAAGCUACACCAGGUGCAGCAGAGCAUCGUGCUGCAGGCCAAGCAGGCUGCUCAGCCUCAAGCCGCCGGUCCGUUCAGCUCCCAGCAAGACGUGCCUGUUGAUAAAGUGGCGGUUGCAUCAUCGGCCAGCGCUGGUCUGCCUGCUCAGCUUCCCUCGGUGCUGCAGCAGAUGUCGGUGCUCGUCAAAACACCGGCUCCAGCAUCAAGUGACUUACAGGUAUUCUCAGGAGCCCAAGGGCCAGCUGGAGCAAUGGGGAAUCAGACUGUCACUCCUUCCAGCCUUAACCAGCCUGCACAGGUUCAGCCAAAGCCAGGGGUGAUCAGCUCAGUGGGAGGGAUGACUCUGGGGAAAGGUGGGAUGCAGAUACAGGUGUUAGGUACUAGUCUUACUCAAAUGCCUGCUCCACAGCUCCCAGCUCCACUACAAACUCAGACAACAACAAUGAAGAUGCCUUUCAGUGCAGAGCCCAGCAAAGAAGCCAGGAUGCUGGAACAGCUGAGGAAACAGCAGGGUUCAGUGCUUCACCCAAACUACAGUGCCCCUUUUUACUCCUUUGAGGACACAAUGCACAGACUGCUGCCUUACCAUCUCUACCAGGGAACUGCCAACUCUUCUCAAGAUUAUCAGAAAGUGGAUGAUGAAUUUGAGACGGUCUCCUGCCAUCUGCUGAAAAGGACCCAGGCGAUGCUGGAUAAGUAUCGCCACCUGCUCUUUGCUGAGUCAAAAGCGUUUAAACCCGAGCAGAGACUGGGCCCCUCGGCAGAGAUGGUGAUGAUUGACCGGAUGUUCAUUCAGGAAGAGAAGAUUGCGUUGAGCCAGGACAGGAUUUUGGCCAAGGAGAGACCAGAGGAGUUUGUGGCAAACGCCCGCAUGUUGGAGAGUGUAGUUUCAUCCCAACAGAAAGCACCUUCUGCUGAGCCCACAUCAGCGAGUGGAGGCGUAGCCGCUGCUGUCCCUGCUCCAGCGCCUGCGGCUCCGGUCCCAGUCCCUCUCUCAAACCUCGCCCCAAACCCUCCUCCUGCUCCCACCCCGUCUCCAUCUCCUGCUUCCGCUCCAGUCCCUGCUCCUGCUUCAGCUCCAGCACCUCCUGCCGCCCCCACCGCCACCCCUUUCCCCCCUACCAAACUGGUCAUCAAGCAUGGCGGAGGCGGAGCCUCUGUGUCCUGGUCCAGCGGCGGUCCCCCACCUCCAGCUGCAGUGGGCAGGCUGGCCGAACCCGCCGCCCAGAGCUCCUCCUUCAGUCGCGCUUCGGCAGCAUCGCCCGACGACGAUGAUGCCCUCCCGCAGAGAACCAGCAAACCGCCUAUGAAGACCUACGAGGCUCGCAGGAGAAUAGGCUUGAAGCUGAAGAUCAAGCAGGACCAGACAGGGUUCAGCAAGGUGGUCCACAACACUGCCUUAGACCCUGUGCACACACCUCAGCCCCAGCAGAGCGGCCAGUCUACAUCCCAGCCUCAGACUCAGCCCCAGGGCCAAGCUGCUGUACUGCACCCAAAGCCCCGCCCACUGUCAACGCCCCCUCCCACAGUAAUUAGAACUCAGUCUCCCAUAUGCACUGCUUCCUCUGCCUCAUUGGUCACCACAGCAACCUCUCAGUCUAACCCGCCACUGAGAGGUACUGUUCCCCCCAACGCAGCCCCAGCUUCCUCUUCCUCUACCUCUACCUCCCACACUUGGUCGUUGUCCUCCUCCGCCUCUUCCACUCAAGUGAACGGGUCGUUGGAUCACCACGACGGGGGUGGGCUCAAACACAAUUCUGCCUCCACUGCCACGCCCUCGCAGACAACAUGCCGUCUCCCCCUUAGGAAAACCUACCGGGAAAACAUUAGUCCCCGGGUCAGACCCGGUGUUCCAGGGGGAGGAGACGAAAGUUUGUCCUACCCGAGACCCACGCCAUCACCCCCCCAGCACGAUGCCUCCUCCCCCCCCUCAGAGCGGACAGUUAUAGCCAGUGUGAAGGUGGAGAAACGAGGCCGAGAUGCCUUGCAUAGCCACACAGAGUCGAGCCACGAAACGGGCCGUUUAAGGAGUGCAAUGCAGGGACUGGACGAGAUGGACGAGGUGUUCAGCCGUGGAAUCAAAACCACACAGCACCACCAUCACCCACAGCUCCCCGACCGGGAGGGGGCCAAGGAGAGAGGGGAGGAGCAAACAGACCAAGAGACAGAUGUAAGUAAAUACAAGAGGGCAAGUGGGAAAAACAGACAUAGGGCCGGCGGGACGUUCAGAAUGGACCAGCAUGCCCCUGGGCCUCCCUCCCCAGAGUCCUCCUUCACGCGAGACUCUUUGCUUCCUGCCAAACGCUGCAAGUCAGACUCCCCUGACAUGGACAACGCCAGCUUCUCCAGCGGCAGCCCCCCGGACGACUCUCUGAACGAGCACCUGCAGUGUGCCAUCGACAGCAUCCUGAACCUGCAGCAGGAACCCUCCGCCCGCGGCCACCACAUUAAAGGGGGCCACAGCAGGUCCCAGCAACACCAAAGCCAGCGCCCCGGGGGCUUGGCAGCCUCAUCCCACAGACCCUCAGUACCACCCACCUCUUCUGCCUCCGCAUCGUCCUCCCUGGCCCAGCACCCUCAGGUCGGUGGCCGUGGCCACAAUGGCAGCCUGGUGUCCCAGACUCAAAGCAGAUAACAGCCCCUCUGCCCCAGGCCAGACUGACAAGGGGGAGUGACUGAGACAGAUGCGGAGGCGGGGGAGUGGUGGUGGGGGUGGUGGUACACUGAAAACAGUAUCACUGUACUACUCUUCCAAGCUGUGUUGGCUCUGUUUGUCCAUUUGAAUUGUCCAGACAUUUCUUUGUCAUUUAGAGCCUGAGGUAGAGCCGUGAUGAAAUAAGAUGAUAAUGUUCUCGUUUUCUUUCUUCCUUUUUUCACUUUUGAUCUUUUCUUUUCCUCAUUCUCAUUUAGUAUCCCUACAUUCCUUUCAUGUGGCCUGAGCACCAGUCUCUCAUCCACAGCGGUUUGUCUGCUGGUUUAAGCGGUGUCUCAAUGAGCAUCUGGCAGCUCAUUUAAACAGUUAAGAAGUCAACAAGUUUUUUAUUUGUAUUUAACUUGGCCACCUGCAGCUGAGAGACAGAGAGAAUAUAACUAGGUUCUUACUGCAAAACUGCUUAAUACAUAGUGUCUUCCCUUACCAACCAAAUGUGAUUCUCUUGUCACAACGAUAUUGCUGCCCUACAGAUGCAAAACAGCACAUGUGAAAUUGACGGAGCCACCUCUUUAUCAAGAAUCCAUUUCCUUAGUUACACUGCUCACAAGGCAACUAUUCUUUGUCUGGAAAAAUCAAUUGGCCUCAACCUCCAUCAUGUCAUAUCACGUGCAUGCAAGUAAAACAUGUCGAGAAAAUCAUUUGUUGAAAAAUUGUGAAGUUGUUUUCCUUUUGACUUCUCUUGGGUACUGUAGUCCUGUGCUGUCAAGAUGUAAAUGAAAUGUAAGGAAAUGCAGUUCUUUUCUGCUUCUAAUGUUGAUGGCAAUUUUCCAGGUUCUUGUUUUUAGAACACACACACACACACAUACACACACAUACACACACACACACACACAAACACACAUACACACACACACACACAAACACACACACCUGUCCCCCUGUAGCUUUUGUUGCCAGGUUAGGACUUUAUGCUUUCAGUCAGCAGGGGGCAGGCCAGUUUUAACUGUUAAUUUUCUGUGUUCUCAGUCAGUGUGUCAUCUUUCUGCCACUGUAUCCCUGCCUCCCAUCUGUAUUUUUUUGUCUUUUUUAUUUUUUUAAGCCUGGUGGACAAUUCAAACACAAACGCAGCACAAGCAUUGAAAUGGGGAAAAAAGGAACAAUAAUAAUGUACAAAAAGACCGUAAGAGAAUUUGAAGUAUAGUAUUACAGAUUAAUUUUGUAUUGUAUUUAUUGUGUAUAAUGACACUUUUUAAAAAGAAAUGUACAUUUAGUAAAACUGUAAAUUAAACCAUGCUUCUUUUAUGAAACAUC